AUGUGCGCCAACUGGUGUCAGUAAUGCUCGUUACCAGUGCGUCGGUGUUGUAGGUUUGUGGGAGCCUUUCACAGCCUGGCCCCACGGGUCAGCCUGGUCCAGACUGAAUGCAGCCUUUAAGUGACGGAGGGGCUGUAAUCUGAGAGGAGCACGGGGUUUAUUAUUAGCCAAAAAGCCGAGCGCGCCGCUGCACACAUCCAGAUGUUGCGUUCGAGGCGCACGGUGAAGACGCGGACUACAACUGAGAGCAAGUUUCACUCCAUAGUUUUUGGUGUUUUCUGGAGGUGAUGGAGGCGAAGAGCACCGGAGAUACUUAUUAAACACUUUAAUCAGCCUGGAGGGAGAGGAGGGGGUUGAGGAAGAGCGACAACACAAGCGUAAAGGAACUGCGUAAAACUCCAAAACCAGAGCUGAAAUGUUCGCGUUUGUGCGUCAGAGCGGCUUCUGCUUGUGUUCACACGUCUAGAAGAGUAGAAUUUGUGUUUGUUUGGGCUUUUUUUUUUUUUUUUUUUUUGGACCAGUGGGUGUGAUGGCUUUUCUUCUUCACUUGUUCCUGUGUUUUUGGAUGGUGUCAGUGCCGGCGUGUGGUGCGUUUUUCCGCGGACCUUUACACCCGGAGAUGUCCAACGGCACUUUCCAUCAUUACUUCGUGCCGGACGGAGACUACGAGGACAACGACGACCCGGAGAAGUGUCAGAUGCUUUUUAAAAUGACCGACGAGAGGAAAUGCGGUCUGGACGAGGACCAGGACUCUGUGAUCCGGGAUGAUUUCACCAUCAUCAAAAGGCAGAUCGAGGACUCGGCCCGGGUCCUGGAGGGCAUCGGGAAAAGCAUCUCCUACGACCUGGACGGAGAGGACAGCUACGGGAAAUACCUGCGCAGGGAGACCACGCAGAUCGGAGAGGCGUUCACCAGCUCGGAGAAGUCCCUGCUGGAGCUGGAGGUGAAGUUCAAGCAGAGCCAGGAGACGGAGCUGAAGGAGGAGCACCGGCUCAGCGACGACUUCCUCAACAUGAUCGUCCACACACGGGACGUCCUGAAGGAGACUCUGGACAUUUCCCUGGGACUCAAAGACAAACACGAGCUGCUGUCCCUGAUCAUCCGCAGCCACGGGACGAGACUGAGCAGACUCAAGAACGAAUACAUGAAGUUCUAGAGCCGGUUCCAGAGCCGGUUCCAGAGCCGGUUCCAGAGCCGGUCCAGCCUCUACAGCUGGGGUCCCUGCUGUGCAGACAGAGGCACUGCCUGCAGGGUGGGAGAACGUAAAGGGUUUGAUCACAGUUAUUUCCAAACAUUUCUACAUGAACCUGUGCCCAGUAGAGCUCCAACUGUCCAGCACACAUGGUUCUGACAGGAGGAACUUCACCCAGAAAGACCCAGGACUGCUCCGACAUGCAUUUCCCUCUAUUUUACCUUUCUGAAGCGAUUUAUCCCCAUUUAUUAUAAUAUUAUCUUCUGUCAUUUUGCCUUUUUUGUAGAAAAAGUGAGUUUUUCCAGAAAACCUGAAAAACUCCUCCUCUAUAACUGAAUAUUGGUGAACUAUAAUGACAUGUGACACCACAGUACAUUUUACACACCAAACAAAGACAGAUCUCUAAUUGCAAUAAAACAAAAUAAAAUU